CGCUUCUUUUACAAGGGUUACGGGAACAGCACGUAGGCAUUCUAACGGUGUCAGGCUGAGGGGGCGGGGCGCUCUAUCUGCUCACGCCACGAUUUGUCACUGAUUGUUGGUGGGCGGGGUUACAUUGUCCCGCUUUGCCGGGUAUAUAAAGGCGCACUGGCAAUCCGUUCGUCACUCUGCAACAGGGCACAGAAACGAGAGGGGUUGAUAACUAAACCAAGUGACACCAAAAUGACUGUCAAGAUUGGAAUCAAUGGAUUUGGCCGCAUCGGGCGCCUGGUGACCCGCGCUGCUGUUUUAAGCGGCAAAUGUGAAGUCGUUGCAAUCAAUGACCCCUUCAUUGACUUGGACUACAUGGCUUACAUGUUCAAAUAUGACUCCACCCACGGCCGAUUCAAGGGAACAGUGUGUGUUGAGAAUGGCAAGCUGGUUAUCAAUGGCAAGGCAGUCACCGUCUUCCAAGAGCGUGACCCCUCCAACAUUAAGUGGGGCGAUGCUGGUGCAGUGUAUGUGGUGGAAUCUACUGGAGUCUUCACAACCAAAGAGAAGGCCGGUUUGCACUUGAAGGGAGGUGCCAAGCGUGUCAUUAUCUCUGCCCCCUCAGCUGAUGCCCCCAUGUUUGUUGUUGGGGUGAACCAUGACAAAUAUGAUAACUCUCUUCACGUUGUCAGCAACGCAUCCUGCACAACCAACUGCCUGGCUCCUCUUGCAAAGGUCAUCAAUGACAACUUUGGCAUCCUGGAGGGACUGAUGACUACCGUCCAUGCCUUCACUGCCACCCAGAAGACUGUGGAUGGCCCAUCUGGCAAGCUGUGGAGAGAUGGCAGAGGUGCCGGUCAGAACAUCAUCCCUGCCUCAACUGGUGCAGCAAAGGCUGUUGGGAAAGUCAUCCCUGAGCUGAAUGGCAAACUGACAGGAAUGGCUUUCCGUGUCCCCACCCCAAAUGUCUCCGUUGUGGAUCUGACCUGCCGUCUGUCCAAGCCUGCCAAGUAUGAUGACAUCAAGGCUGCCAUUAAGACUGCAGCACAUGGCCCAAUGAAGGGAAUCCUGGAAUACACAGAAGACCAGGUUGUCUCCACUGACUUCAAUGGUGACACUCAUUCCUCCAUCUUUGAUGCUGGAGCUGGAAUUGCACUGAACGAUAACUUUGUGAAGCUGGUUUCCUGGUAUGAUAACGAGUGUGGCUACAGCCACCGUGUUGUGGAUCUCAUGUGUCACAUGGCCUCUAAGGAAUAAGCACUUACCUGUCGCCCCACCAACCCCUCUCUGUCACUGAAGGGGCCCAGAGUCACGAUCCCAUCCUGGUAGUUUGUCUGUGUCACUGUUUCUGUGUUACUAAAUAAAACAAUGAAACAUC